AUGAGCUAUGGCCGACAGUUGGAACAGUUGGAAAAAAACAUAGCCAGCAGCGCCCAAAACGCAGCUCCAAGGCGCGUGCAGGAGCUGGACCAAGUCUUGCAGCGAUGCGGCGGCCAAUGCAGCAAGGAGGCUCGGGCCGAGAUGGGCGGUGAGCUGGCGUACCUGGAAAAGCUGUCCACCAGGGACAUGGCACUUUCCAGGGAGGUGGCGGAGAUUAGAAGAAGAUAUGAUGCUUUGGAUUGCCAGCACGCGCCUCGAUCCUCCGGCGAAUUUGACCACCUUGCGCGAGGAGGAGAGGGCGAAACUUCCCAGCCCUUGCAGGUGAUUGCUGGCUUCUUGUAUCCUCAGCAGGAACCCCGGCACGCUGAAGAUAAAGUUCGGCUGCUGGCGGCGGAGGGCGCUUUGUCGUCGGAGCUCUACACGCAUCCUGUGAUCACCUACCCCGAGUCAGACUGCACCAUCAUUUUGGGCGACUUGGGGCCUGUGAUGUCCUGGACCGAGGAGGACGACGCGGCGGAGGCUGCGCGGGAGCGAAUGGCUCUGCUGGAGCUCUCGCAAGCCGGGGCAAACCUGGUGGAGGUGACCAACCUCAUGGCAGCCCAAAUUGAACAGGAUCAGGAGGGCUUGGACCUGAUGGAGGAGCGGGUGGCGCAUGCCUUGGAGUCCACGCAGCAGGGCGUUCGCACUCUUGCAGAAUCUGCAGAGAAUGAAUACAGGAUGAUGCGGCUGCUGACGCCCUCUGCCGGCUUGAUGGUGCUGGGGGGCCUUGCCGCUUUGGCAUGUCCCCUGGCGGGAGCGCCGAUCCUCGUCGCCGCCGGGCGAGGUGCCGUGUUGGCUGGCGCCACACUGGGCACCUUGAGCGAGGUGCAGAAGAAGCUCAUCCGCCGCCUGCAGGAACAGCUGCCCCGGGCUUUCCAGAAGCUGCCAGAGGACCAGGUGAGCAUGCUGGAAGCUGCCUGCCGUGAGACGAGGGACAGGCUGCACAGGAAGUUGGAUGACAGCGAGAAAUGGGGGGAGGAUUGGCUGCUGUCUGCGCCAUUCACCCGGGACUUCAGGUCGCUGUACAGGGAGGGGAAGUUGACUGUGAAGAGAUCGCCUUCUGACGUACGAAAGGGCGGCAGUGCUUACCUAGUCACCUUCCAGGUGGACCUUCCAGCCAGCCGCGUCUUCGGAGUCAUGAAGAAGAUGUUUUUCUCCGGAUCCUUGGACCCCGGGUGCAAGGCAGUGUGGUCACGACCAGUGGACGCAUCACCUGAGAGCGGCUGCUUCCUUCGCCAUUUGGUGUAUUCCGAGUACUUCUUCAGCAGCGAGUUUAGCUGCGCUUGCUAUUGCGCCGAAGCACCGACGGGCGAUUGUUACACGAUGGCAACAGCAUCCUUGAGCGAUGAGUUGCUGCCCUUCGACGUCCUGCCGACGUCCAGUAAUCGCGGCCGCAUUCACGUUUGCGGGCUACGAUUGACAGCGAUCGGAGACUCGCGGACCAAAGUUGAGGUGAUGGCCGAUGUUGAUCCAUCAGUUCCACUUCCCACUAUCUCGUUGGUGGACAAGCGGGUGAGGAGCCACGCGCGGGAUGCAGCAUGGCUGCUGCGGCACAAGCUGAAAGAAGCAGCCUCAGGAUUUGAGAUAUAUUUGCUCAUAUACUGA